CGCGCUGACGAGAAAACGAAUCACCUACGACGGCAUUACGCGAUCGGCCUCUUUGACUUAUCUGAAGAAGCGCUCUUCAAGCUGCAUUAGAUCUGAUACGAAGGACCGGAAAUUUUUUUCUUCAAGACAAUCAGACUAAGAAGUUUCUCGCACUAACUCAAGAUGUUACGAACGGUAAUUUUGAUCGCCUUCUUAGCUGUAGUGAAAGCAGGAGAUGAAUGUAUACCACUUUCAUUUGGGGAGGAUUCUAUAGUGUGCGUCUGCAAUUCAACAUAUUGUGAUUCAAUAAGUGAACCGCAAUUACAAGAGAAUCAGAUUUUAUGGUACACGUCCACUAAGGAUGGCAAAAGAAUGCAAUCUUCUAUCAUUAAUUUCUCCAACAAAAACAAGUCUGAAAAUGAUCUGGUCCUCAUAGUGAACAGCAGUCAAAAGUAUCAAAAGAUAUUUGGAUUUGGCGGGGCAAUGACCGACGCCGCCGCACUUAAUAUUAGAAGUCUCAGCAUUGAAAGUCAACGUUUAUUACUUGAAUCGUAUUACGGUUCCACCGGUAUUGGAUAUACAUUUGCCCGUAUACCUAUCGCAGGUACCGAUUUCUCGACGAGACCGUACACGUACGACGACAUACUCGACGAUAUUACGUUAAGUCAUUUCAAACUUGUGGAGGAAGACGACUACAAAAUCGGAUAUCUACAUGAUAUCAAGAGCAUUAUGCCUAAUCCAGAUAGUCUCAAGAUAUUGACAACUUCGUGGAGCGCUCCUCCGUGGAUGAAAGUCACAAACAGUAUAACAUGGGGUGAGAUAUUUGGUGCCUUAAAAAGAGAAUAUUAUCAACUUUACGCUGACUAUAUAAAAAAGUUCUUUGAUGCAUAUAAAGAACGUGGUAUACACAUAUGGGGUAUGACACCAGGCAAUGAGCCAUUCGAUGGAUUUAUUCCAUUCUUUACUUUUAAUGCCAUGGCUUGGACGCCCGCCGCGUCGGCAAAGUGGACCACAGAGUUUUUAGCUCCGACUUUGUCAAAUGCCGGAUAUAAUCCUAUUUUUAUAGCGUUAGAUGAUCAACGCUUUGAAAUACCAUGGUAUCCCAAGAUGAUGUUCAAGAAUCCAAAAGCUGAGAAACUGUUUUCCGGCACUGCAGUCCAUUGGUACGCUGAUAACUAUUUUUCACCAUUUAGACUAAAUGAACUGCAUGACACGUAUCCGGACAAAUUUAUAUUGCUGACCGAGGCAUGUACCGGUAGCAGUCCCUUGGAUAUAAGAAAGGUAAUAUUGGGAUCAUGGGAACGAGGACAACGUUAUGCUCUAAAUAUAAUUGAGAACUUGUCGCACAUGGUGGUUGGAUGGAUAGAUUGGAAUAUAGCGCUCAAUGAGGAUGGGGCACCAAAUUGGGCAAAAAACUAUGUAGAUUCACCAAUCAUUGUUAUGCCACAGAGAGAUGAGUUUUACAAGCAGCCUAUGUUUUAUGCGCUUUCUCACUUCAGUAAAUUUGUGCCGCGCGAUUCUUAUAGAAUUCUAUCUACGGGUCUUGAGAACAAUCGAGAUAUUAAAGCAAUAGCUUUUUUGACGCCUGAAGAAAAAAUUGUUAUCGUCGCAGUUAACAAAGCUUCUUCUCCUGUUGCUAUAACAAUGAAAGAUACGAACACAAACAAUUUAAUAGAUUUACAUCUACCUGCCAAUUCUUUCAAUACAUUAUUAUAUUUACCAUAAAAAUGCAAAACUUAUGUCCAAAUUAUGGAUAAAAAAUAUACGUUUACAAAAUUCUCUUCGCUUUCCUUACAAAAAAAAAUUGCAUAAAAGUUUUAACAUUGUUUUCUACUUCAUGAUUUUUUUAAUAAAAGAACAAAGACGGAUCGUACGUUGUAUACGUGGGAUAGAGAUAUUAAUAAAAGUUAAUAUAAUUAUCUUUCACAA